CCGGUGCGCCUUCUCCCAGCGGGCCUUGCGGCGGUGCAGUCUGACGUACUUCCUGGUCCAUCAUGGCCUCCGUCUUAGUUUCUUACAGCAGUGGCUCUGACUCUGAAAACGAAGCGGAGGAUAAAGGUAUUGGCUCCCACCUGGAGCCUUUACCAGCGGCGGCGGGGACGCUGAUGGUGGUGAACUCGGCGCCUGAGGUGGCAGUGAAGGAAACUGUUGAUGUCGGAAUCCAUCUUGACCCACAUGUUAAAGAAAUACAAUACAACCCUACCUAUGACACCUUAUUUGCACCUGAGUUUGGACCCAACAAUCCAUUUAGAACCCAGCAGAUGGCUGCUCCAAGGAACAUGCUUUCAGGAUACGCAGAACCAACGCACAUUAAUGACUUUAUGUUCGAACAGCAAAGAAGAACAUUUUCAACAUAUGGUUAUGCCCUGGACCCAUCUUUGAAUGUUCAAGAUGCAGCCACCAAAUACAUUGGUUCUGUGGAUGAGGCUGAAAAACAAAAAGGGUUAACCGUAUUUGAAUCGGGUCAGAAAAAACUUGAAAAGAGGAGAAAAAUAAAAGGUAGCGAUGCUUCAAACAUAGAUGGCUUCCUCGGUCCAUGGGCAAAAUAUGUUGAUGAAAAAGAUGUUGCCAAGCCUUCAGAGGAGCAACAGAAGGAGCUGGAUGAGAUAACUGCAAAAAGACAGAAGAGAGGCAAACAAGAAGACGAGAAACCUGCAGAUGAGAAGACCAUAUUGCAUGUUAAAGAAAUGUAUGACUACCAGGGCAGAUCGUAUCUUCACGUUCCUCAAGAUGUGGAUGUUAACCUACGCUCCACAGAAGCUCCAGAAAAAUGUUACCUACCCAAGAAGCAGAUCCAUGUCUGGUCUGGACAUACAAAGGGAGUCAGUGCCGUGAGGUUGUAUCCUCACUCUGGACACUUAUUGCUGUCUUCUUCCAUGGACUGCAAGAUUAAGAUCUGGGAAGUGUACAAUGAAAGAAGAUGUUUGCGGACUUUUAUAGGCCACAGUAAAGCUGUUCGGGACAUAUGCUAUAACAAUAGCGGGACGCAAUUCCUAAGUGCAGCCUAUGAUCGCUAUCUCAAGCUGUGGGACACCGAAACAGGUCAGUGUAUUUCCAGGUUUACAAACCGAAAAGUUCCAUACUGUGUCAAAUUCAAUCCGGAUGAAGAUAAACAGAGUUUGUUUGUGGCUGGAAUGUCCGAUAAGAAAAUAGUACAAUGGGAUAUUCGGACUGGAGAAAUUGUCCAAGAGUAUGACAGGCAUCUGGGAGCUGUCAACACCAUUACGUUUGUGGAUGAGAGCAGACGCUUUGUAAGCACCUCUGAUGAUAAAAGCUUGAGAGUUUGGGAAUGGGAUAUCCCUGUGGAUUUCAAAUACAUAGCAGAGCCAAGUAUGCACUCAAUGCCAGCUGUUACACUUUCUCCUAAUGGUAAAUGGCUGGCAUGUCAAUCAAUGGACAACCAAAUUUUAAUAUUUGGUGCACAAAAUAGGUUCAGGCUGAAUAAAAAGAAGAUUUUCAAGGGUCAUAUGGUUGCAGGCUAUGCCUGUCAAGUAGACUUUUCACCAGACAUGAGUUAUGUGGUUUCCGGUGAUGCUGAUGGAAAGCUGAACAUCUGGGAUUGGAAGACCACUAAACUGUACAGCAGAUUGAAAGCUCAUGAUAAAGUGUGCAUAGGUGCAGUAUGGCACCCACAUGAGACAUCUAAAGUUAUCACAUGUGGAUGGGAUGGCCUCAUCAAACUUUGGGACUAACAGCUCAGCAUCAUAUGUUGAUUGGACCACGUGCUUAUGUGUAAAGACCUUUAUCUUCUGAUGGAGCUUGCACCCAGGGAAUGGUUGAUCAGACUACUUUACAAUUGAAAGGGAUGUGAUGAACAGGAAUUGCACUUGUGCCGGAUCAUUGCCUUUCUUCCCUGGUGUAGACAUUACUUCUUCUCAUUCAGUAUGAAAACCUUGCUAUUUAUAUUCCCGGAUUUUCUUGUCUCAAACAGUAUUGAUGUAUUUCCUUAUUUUAUUUCCUUGAGCCAGAAGAUUUUCAGAAAAUCUGAUUUUAGAAAACGAAAUUUAGAACAUGGAUAUAUACACUUUUGGCUGUGAUCACCAGGGUGGGUGUCCUUUAUGAUGGUUUUGGUAAAAACCAGGAAAAGAGGUACAAAGCAUAUACAGCCCCCAAACUGAAACAAAGAUGAGACUCCAAGCAAAGAGAAAACAUUACACAUCGAUUCUUCUCCAUUUUCACUUCUCGCCUGGCUGGGACAACAAUUGUGCUGCUGUGUAGAGAACUGUUCUAUGUGUUGAUAUUUUUACAUCGUUGCCAUUUUAUACCAAACUAGAAUAGUGGUGAAAAAACUGUGUAUACAUCUAAUUAUUCUGCUCAGGCAAGAAAGACUUCAGUGUUUCAGCUGAUAUUUUUAGACCUGUAUCUGAUACAACAAUAUGACUGCAUGUAUAUUUAUACUCAAAGAUCGUCUCUAAAUAUUUGUGCAUUACUGAAGAUACCUGUACAGAAACUUUUUUUUUUUUUUUGUAUGUCAAAAUAAAUUUUAAUUGUGUCUUUUUACAUUGCUUUAGUCUGUGCUUGGUGAUUUUUAUUAGGGCACAGACGUUGUAUAAUUUUGUUUUCUUUUGUUGUUGUCAUACACCGGGAGAUGGCUAAAAAGGUAUAAUAUGUAAGAUAUUUUUUUAAAUAAAGUGAAUGGAAGAAUAAA